AUGGUUUCGAAUUGCUUGAAUUCAAAUCGUUUGACGAAGCAACAUGACUAAUCUGAAUAGUUUAAUUGUCAUCUUUAUCCAUGACUCGCAUAGUCAAUCGAGCCAUUCGGAAAUCACAUUGACCAACUCCAAAAUUGAAAAGUAGUGAAAAGUAAUUACAAGUAUCGCAAGUGGUGAGACAAUAUGCGAUAAAAGUGAAAAGAUGAGCGUGGCGUUAAGCUCUAAGGAACUAGAGGUUUUGUGAGAAUCAAUCGUGUAUUUGGACGAUGAAAUUGCGAAAUUAUGAGAUUGUCCAAAGAUAAAAUUGGUCAAUUUGACUUUCGCCAGGCUCGAUCGUCACUACGACAGUUCUCGCGUAUCGAAACUAUCUUGAUGUUUGUGUCGACAGAUGAGACGAAUGAGCGAUCGUGGCGGAGAAGGAUCAGGACCAGCUCCUCAGCUAGAUGGCCGAAGAAAUUCGGUCGUUACGAUGGAAAGAGUGUCAUCGACGUUGUUUGGCAGUAAUCGUCAGUUGGACGUUAUGGACAACAUCGCAGACCUAAAAGCGAGGAAGGUGCGCUUAAGGAUGUACAGGACGUCGACGGAGCAAGUGUACGAAAUGCAGCCGCUGGAGGGUAACAGUUCUGUUCAACGUUACACUGAACAGCCGAAACAACGAUUCUUUGAAAUGCCUACUCUGUCGGUUUCGCCGACGUCUUCUCUCCGAAAGCGCGUCUCGGAACUGCCAAGAGCCGCGAGAGCACCCGUUUUCGGUGCUGCGGGCAUGGUCUGCUCUAAUAGGGAUCUGAUAUCGAUCCUAAGCUCGGUAGGGUCUUCCGCGACGGAAAUGUCGAAGAAGCCGGAAGAUUUAGCAACGGCCAGUUCAAGUCUUAGGUUCGAUGAAUUGAAGGUAGUGAAGGCGAUGAAGAAAAUGUUCGGUAAAAAGUCCCCUAAUAGCGAGGUCGUAUGGGACAACACUAGUGGAACCAAAGUGGACGCUCAGGUGAAACGUGGAGAAGAUAAUUUGCAAUCAUUGCGAACAAUAUCGCAGUGACAUUAUUAUCAAUCGGUAAUAUUAAAGAUAAAAUUCAUAUGGGAUGAAAACAGAGCGUCAAAAGUGGUUAUUUUUCGAUCUUCUUGCGAAGGGAAAAUUCCUGCAAAAUGUUUAAGAACGGCUCUCAACAAGGAAUAAAA